AUGAUAGUAGCAGAGAGACACGUCGAGGGCGGUGAUCUGCAGAAAUUCGGCGUCAAACACUUGAUUUCCCCAGAUCAGAUACGCCGAAUCCGGCAGAACGAUCGUCGAUCACGGAAGCUGCCUGUAAAAGGCUCUAACCCUGCUCGAGUUGUCUUCGGUUCCGGUACAAUUAAGCAGCUUCCUGACGAGGUCAAACGACUCGGUCUCAAGAAGCCUCUCGUCCUUAGCACACCGGAACAAACAAGUCAAGCGGAUUUGGUCGAAUCAAUUCUCAAGUCUGCUGGGGUCGACUGUGCUGGGCAGUUCAAUAAUGCGACGAUGCAUACACCUGUUGAAGUUACGGAGAAAGCACUUGCAAUCGUCAACGAGCGUAAAGUAGACGGAACUAUUGCAAUCGGUGGAGGGUCGACUAUUGGCCUCGGAAAAGCUAUCGCGUUACGAACAGACAUGCCUCAAAUCGUCAUCCCAACGACCUACGCCGGUUCCGAAAUGACGCCAAUCAUCGGACAAACUGAGAAUGGCGUCAAAACAACGCAAAGCACACCAAAAGUUCUCCCAGAAGUUGUGAUAUACGACGUCGACUUCACCCUCACAUUACCCCAAGGCCUCAGCGCAACGAGCGGCAUCAAUGCUAUUGCACACGCCGUGGAAGCGCUCUAUGCACAAAACGCAAACCCAGUGAUCGAACUCAUGGCCGAAGAGGCAGUCCGAGCCCUCGCGCGUUCCCUUCCUAUCAUAAUGGAAAACAAGGAAGACACAGAAGCUCGCAGUGACGCGCUCUACGGCGCAUGGUUAUGCUCAGCUUGCCUUGGCUCAACGAACAUGAGCGUGCAUCAUAAACUCUGCCACGUCCUCGGAGGGACGUUCAACCUCCCUCACGCUGACACGCAUACGAUUGUCUUACCCCACGCAUUAGCGUAUAAUGCCCCAAGCGCUCCGGAGGCUAUGAAGAAACUCGCUCGUGCGCUUGACAAUGAAGAUCCCGUUGAGGGUCUGAACGUGUUGUUGACGAAGUUGAAAGUGAAGAGAGGCUUGAAAGAGGUUGGGAUGCCGGAAGAUGGUAUUGACAAAGCGGCGGAUCUUGCUUUCAAGAACAAGUAUUGGAAUCCGAGACCGAUCGACAGAGAUGCGAUUAGGGAAGUUAUCAGACGGGCUUGGGCUGGAGAGCCGGCACGAGCAGAUAUAUAA